GCCGCAGCCAUGAGUACACUCAGGCUUCACAAGAGACUUGCCUCCAGUGUCCUACGCUGUGGCAAAAAGAAGGUCUGGUUGGACCCCAAUGAAAUUGCCAAUGCCAAUUCCCGUGAGCAGAUCUGGAAACUGAUCAAAGACGGGCUGAUCAUCUGCAAGCCAGUGACUGUUCACUCCCGAGCUCAAUGCCAGAAGAGCACCUUGACCCGCCGGAAGGGCAAGCACAUGAGCACAGGUAAGCGAGAGGGGACAGCCAAUGCGCGGAUGCCCGAGAAGGCGACCUGGAUGAGGAGGGUGAGGAUCCUGGGCCGGCUGCUCAGGAGCUACCGUGAAUCGAAGAACAUCAACCACCACAUGUAUCACAGUCUCUACCUGAAGGUGAAAGGGAAUGUGUUCAAGAACAAGCGGAUCCUCAGGGGCAACAUUCACAAGCUGAAGGCAGUCAAGGCCCGUAAGAAGCUGCUGGCGGACCAGGCUGAGGAGUGCAGGUCUAAGACCAAGGCAGUGCACAAGCUCCGUGAAAAGCACCUGCAGGCCAAGAAGGAGGAGAUCGUCAAGACUCUGUCCAAGGAGGAGGAGACCAAGAAAUAA